AUGUCGAGAAGUAGCACAUUAUGUGUAUUUCUGUUCUUGGGUAUUUGCAUGGGCAUCGUUACUGCCACUGCAAGGGAUCCCGAAAGAGAAAACAAGGAGUUGUUUGGUAGAAGAUGGACGCCAAUUUCUUUAUGGGUAAAAUCAUGGCGUGAGAGAAAUAUUCAAGCAACUCCAUCCCUAUCUUCACCACCGCCACUGGUAGACCCGACCCUAUUGUGGCAUCAUCACAGACACCACCAUCACCACCACCCACCCCAUGUACCAUGGGGACAUCAUCACAGACACCACCCAAACAACCCUACACCACCUCCAAAACCGCCUUUGCCACCACACAUGGCUCCACAACCAACUCAGCCACCGCACGUGGCUCCAUCACUGGUUGAUAAUGUGGUUCCGCCAUGGCAUGCAACUCCACAACCAGCUCUGCCACCGCAUACGACUCCAUUACCAGUUGAUGAUGUGGUUCCACCGCCACCUCUGCCACCACAUGCAGCUCCAUUACCAUUACCGUCUCCAUCAUCGUCCUCGCCUCCGACGCCACUGCACGAGGCUUGUAUGCCGCCACCACCACCUUCAUCAUCUCAUUCACCGGCGGUUAAACCACCACCACCGGCUCUUUCGGGUGGCGAGUCAAGUGAUUGCUUGACGGUUUUGAUCAACGUGGAUGGGUGUGUAUCAGAAUUGAUAACUUCUUUUUUCAAGGAUGAAAUUUCGUUAUCCACAGGGUGCUGCAAAGUCGUUUCAAGAAUUUCAGAUGAUUGCUUUUAUAGAGGGUUCACGCAAUUUAGGGUACCCAUUUUCCUAAGCAAAGUGAUGGACUAUUGCGGUCAUUAA